GAAGUGCACGGAGCUGGAGCGCAGCGUGGUGGCACCAGACACCUCCCUUUCCCCCGUCGCUGGCUUUCUUUCUUUCAGUGUGCUUUUUUUGUUUGUUUGUUUUUGUUUUUUUAAACCUCCCCCUCUCCCGCCUCGCUCGGGUGGCUGCGCCAGCAUAGCAGCCCGAUCGCCGCUCCUCCUCCGCGGGUGCAGCCGCCCGCCCUCGCCGCCGCCGCCGCCUCGCUCGGCCGGGACCCGCGGGAAGCGAAAGCUCGGCGGCUCCGCCUGUCAGCCCCGCGGCCACGCACCCGGUGCGGACGCCGCAGCUCUCCCAGCCGCCCGCCGCACCGCGGGGGCCGCGCCGGCGCCGGGGUCCCGCGGACGGCUGGGGCGGCCGCUUCCUCUCCCGCCGCGGCCACCGGAGCCCGGAGAUGGUGGCCGCCCGCGCUCCCGCGCCGUAGCCGGGCGCCCCCUAAGUUCGGGAGCCGCCGCGGCGCUGAGAGGCGGCUACAGAAGGGCGAGAAAGUUUUGCCGGGUGCGCGGAGCGGGCCCUGGGCGCACCUCCCGGAGCUCCCUCCCCGCUUCCCGGCGCCUGGAGCCCGUCGGCGGGGAGUGGGGGUAGGCGGCAUGGCCCGCGAGCCGGAGGAAGAGGAGGCGGCGGAGGCGGCCGCCCUGGCCCGCGGGGGUCGGGGCUCGCUCGGCCGGGCUGGGGCGCGGCGGCCGCCCCUCUGGCUGCUCUGCCUGGCCGCGGGCUGGCUGCUGGGCGCCGGGGCCGACGCCGACUUCUCCAUCCUGGACGAGGCGCAAGUGCUGGCGAGCCAGAUGCGGAGGCUGGCGGCCGAGGAGCUGGGGGUCGUCACCAUGCAGCGGAUAUUCAACUCCUUUGUUUACACUGAGAAAAUCUCAAAUGGAGAAAGUGAAGUACAGCAGCUAGCCAAAAAAAUCCGAGAGAAGUUCAACCGUUACUUGGAUGUGGUCAACCGGAACAAGCAAGUUGUAGAAGCAUCCUACACAGCUCACCUGACCUCUCCCCUAACUGCGAUUCAAGACUGCUGUACUAUCCCACCUUCUAUGAUGGAAUUUGAUGGGAACUUUAAUACCAAUGUAUCUAGAACAAUUAGUUGUGAUCGACUGUCUACUACUGUUAAUAGCCGUGCCUUCAAUCCAGGACGAGACUUAAAUUCAGUUCUUGCAGACAACCUGAAAUCCAACCCUGGAAUUAAGUGGCAGUAUUUCAGUUCAGAAGAAGGAAUUUUCACUGUUUUCCCAGCACACAAGUUCCGGUGUAAGGGCAGCUAUGAGCAUCGCAGUAGACCUAUCUACGUCUCCACUGUCCGGCCGCAGUCAAAGCACAUAGUAGUGAUCCUGGACCACGGGGCUUCCGUCACAGACACCCAGCUUCAGAUUGCCAAGGACGCUGCCCAGGUCAUCCUCAGCGCCAUCGAUGAACACGAUAAGAUCUCCAUGCUGACUGUGGCAGACACCGUCAGGACUUGCUCACUUGACCAGUGCUAUAAGACAUUCCUGUCUCCAGCCACCAGUGAGACAAAAAGGAAAAUGUCCACCUUCGUCAGCAGCGUCAAGUCUUUGGACAGCCCUACCCAGCACGCGGUGGGAUUUCAAAAGGCAUUUCAGCUGAUUCGAAGCACAAACAAUAGCACCAAGUUCCAAGCAAAUACAGACAUGGUCAUCAUUUACCUGUCUGCUGGCAUUACAUCAAAGGACUCUUCAGAAGAAGAUAAAAAGGCGACUCUCCGUGUCAUCAGUGAAGAAAAUAGCUUUCUAAACAACUCCGUAAUGAUUCUCACCUACGCCCUCAUGAACGAUGGGGUGACUGGUUUGAAAGAGCUGGCUUUUCUGAGAGAUCUUGCUGAACAGAACUCAGGGAAGUAUGGCGUGCUGGACCGGACAGCCUUGCCUGUGAUUAAGGGCAGCAUGAUGGUGCUGAACCAGCUGAGUAACCUGGAGACCACAGUUGGCAGGUUCUAUACCAACCUUCCCAACCGGAUGAUUGAUGAAGCUGUCUUUAGCCUCCCCUUCUCUGAUGAGAUGGGAGAUGGUUUGAUAAUGACUGUGAGUAAACCCUGUUAUUUUGGAAACCUCCUUCUGGGAAUUGUAGGAGUGGAUGUGAACUUGGCUUACAUCCUUGAGGAUGUGACAUAUUACCAAGAUUCUUUGGCUUCCUAUACUUUUCUCAUAGAUGACAAAGGGUAUACCCUUAUGCACCCAUCUCUUACCAGGCCAUAUUUACUAUCGGAACCCCCCCUUCAUACUGAUAUCAUCCAUUAUGAAAAUAUCCCCAAAUUUGAGUUGGUUCGGCAAAAUAUCCUAAGCCUCCCUCUGGGCAGCCAGAUUAUCGCAGUCCCUGUGAACUCAACCCUGUCCUGGCACAUAAACAAGCUGAGAGAAACUGGAAAGGAGGCCUACAACGUGAGCUAUGCCUGGAAGAUGGUGCAAGACACUUCCUUCAUUCUCUGUAUUGUGGUGAUACAACCGGAAAUACCUGUCAAACAACUGAAGAACCUCAACACUGUCCCCAGCAGCAAGCUGCUGUACCAUCGGCUGGACCUCCUGGGCCAGCCUAGCGCUUGCCUCCACUUCAAACAGCUGGCCACGCUAGAAAGUCCAACCGUCAUGCUGUCUGCUGGCAGCUUUUCCUCCCCCUAUGAGCACCUCAGCCAGCCGGAGACAAAGCGCAUGGUGGAACACUACACAGCCUAUCUCAGCGACAACACCCGCCUCAUUGCUAACCCGGGGCUCAAAUUCUCUGUCAGAAAUGAAGUAAUGGCUACCAGCCACGUCACAGAUGAAUGGAUGACACAAAUGGAAAUGAGUAGCCUGAACACUUACAUUGUCCGCCGUUACAUAGCAACGCCCAAUGGCGUCCUCAGAAUUUAUCCUGGUUCCCUCAUGGACAAAGCAUUUGAUCCCACUAGGAGACAAUGGUAUCUCCACGCAGUAGCUAAUCCAGGUUUGAUUUCUUUGACCGGACCUUACUUAGACGUUGGAGGAGCUGGCUAUGUAGUGACCAUCAGUCAUACAAUUCAUUCAUCCAGUACACAGCUGUCUUCCGGGCAUACUGUGGCUGUGAUGGGCAUUGACUUCACGCUUCGAUACUUCUACAAGGUUCUGAUGGACUUAUUACCAGUUUGUAACCAAGAUGGUGGCAACAAAAUAAGGUGCUUCAUAAUGGAGGACAGGGGUUAUCUGGUGGCACAUCCAACCCUCAUUGACCCCAAAGGACAUGCACCCGUGGAACAGCAGCACAUCACCCACAAGGAGCCCCUGGUAGCAAAUGACAUCCUGAACCACCCCAACUUUGUAAAGAAGAACCUGUGCAACAGCUUCAGUGACAGAACGGUCCAGAGGUUUUAUAAAUUCAACACGAGCCUAGUGGGGGAUUUGACGAACCUUGUGCACGGCAGUCACUGUUCUAAAUACAGACUGGCGAGGAUCCCGGGAACCAAUGCAUUUGUCGGCAUUGUCAACGAAACGUGUGACUCUCUUGCCUUCUGUGCUUGUAGCAUGGUGGACCGGCUCUGUCUCAACUGUCACCGAAUGGAACAAAAUGAAUGUGAAUGUCCUUGUGAGUGCCCUCUAGAGGUCAAUGAGUGCACUGGCAACCUCACCAAUGCAGAGAACAGAAACCCAAGCUGUGAAGUACACCAGGAGCCAGUGACGUACACGGCUAUUGACCCUGGCCUGCAGGAUGCUCUUCACCAGUGUGUCAACAGCAGGUGCAGUCAGAGGAUGGAGAGUGGGGACUGCUUUGGUGUGCUGGAUUGUGAAUGGUGCAUGAUAGACAGCGAUGGCAAGACCCACCUGGACAAAUCCUACUGUGCGCCCCAGAAAGAAUGCUUCGGGGGGAUCGUUGGAGCCAAAAGUCCCUAUGUUGAUGACAUGGGAGCAAUAGGUGAUGAGGUUGUCACAUUGAACAUGAUUAAAAGUGCCCCUGUGGGUCCAGUGGCUGGAGGCAUCAUGGGCUGCAUCAUGGUCUUGGUCCUGGCUGUGUACGCAUACCGUCAUCAGAUUCAUCGCCGGAGUCAUCAGCAUAUGUCUCCUCUUGCUGCCCAAGAAAUGUCAGUGCGUAUGUCCAACCUGGAGAAUGACAGAGAUGAAAGGGAUGAUGACGGCCAUGAAGACAGAGGCAUCAUCAGCAAUACUCGAUUUAUAGCCGCGGUCAUCGAACGGCACGCACACAGUCCAGAAAGGAGGCGUCGCUACUGGGGUCGCUCGGGAACAGAAAGCGAUCAUGGUUACAGUACCAUGAGCCCACAGGAAGACAGCGAAAACCCUCCGUGCACCAACGACCCCUUGUCGGCUGGGGUGGACGUGGGAAACCACGAUGAAGACUUGGAGUUGGACACCCCACCUCAGACUGCUGCCCUCCUAAGUCACAAGUUCCACCACUACCGCCUACACCACCCCACGCUGCAUCACAGCCACCACCUGCAGGCGGCCGUGACCGUACACACUGUCGACGCGGAAUGCUAACCUCCUCACCUCCAUCAGAAGAUGAGAUCUGUGAGAUAUGGAAUGUUCUGGAGGGAGAAAGAGCCAGCAUCAAAUCCACUUGUGUCUGUGCUUUGUCCAGAGUCGUUUAACUCGUUUUCCUGCCUGUUAACAUAUUUCAAAACAAGAGAAACAACGACAAAAUCACAUUUGUGAAGAUGCGAGGCUGGUUGUGAAAUGGAGGGGAAAUAAGUCUGAUUAAUGACCCUGCCAUAAUACCAACGGAAUGAACAGAAGCAAACCUCUAAACAGAGAUGGAACCUACAAAUGAAACAUUGGGAGCCUUGGUUAAGCUGAGCCAGGGGAAUGUUCGGAGGAGCCCGAAACAUUCGGCUCUCCUUAACUGGAAGAGAGAAAAAUAUGCUCCAGCGGAGACUGGGAACGUGGCACAUGCAGAGAGAAAUGUGUGCUUUGAAGAUUUCACCUGGUUUCUUAGCGGUACCUAGACACCACAGUUGCUGUAUGGAACUCAUGUUAAGCUCUAAAUGAUGCAUCUCAAAAUUUCUAAGUAAAGGAUUAUUUUUCUACUAUUUAUUGAACUUUCAAACAUUCUCAGACUUUGGGGGAAAGAAAAGGAAACACAUGAGAAAUUUUCACCAAUUAUCCCUAGCUGUUUUGUGUGUAAUGAAGUGGUUCUUUGAUUAAGGAGUUCUAGAUCUUAUUUAACUGAUACCAUCCCACUGCCUCACUCCACAAAAAUGGGGAAAUGAAGAAAUCUUUCUCUCUGACUUGUUUACAUACAUUUUCUUUAGAACAUCAUUUCAUGGAAAUAGAUCUUGAUUUGUAAUGCAGUAUUCUUUUCUGUGUUUGACAGAGGUGGUGACAGAGGUGGGGAGGGGCAGAGGAAUCCAGGAAGCUUUUAAAGAAAUGUUAUGUUUCUUUUUAACUAAUUUCCAUUUCCCAUACAGUGCUUUCCUUAGGUUUCUACGAAACCUAAUAUUACACCCCCAGCCUUUCAGCUAAAGGAGGGUUGGAUUUAUUCUCCUUGUUUUAGAGACUAUAAAUUUUUUAAUGUCCCAUUUUGAUUCUGAGAAUAUUGAACGCAUAAAGGAAGAAGUUUUUCAAAUUCAAAAUUUUGAUUCUUAAAUAAAGAUUUCUUUUGAAAUCAUAGUUAAAAACUGCUGCCAGUCAUCCAAGAAGAUACCCACCAAACUGCUUUGUGAUGUAUACAAAGGUUAAUCAAAUCUGGCUAAUAUAACAUGGGACAUUGUAAUUUUAAAGUAGUGUUCUAAUUACAGUGAUGUAUUUUAGAUUCACAUUUUGUGAUCCAAAUAUGUUAUAAAGACAUUCUUGCACCGUGUGUGUGGUAAAUCUCCGUUUAUAUGUAGUUGGAAAAAAUUCACUGAAUAAUGUUUUAAUGAUAGGGUAUUACGAUAUAAUGUAAAAAAAAAAUAAAAGUGGUUCUUCAGCAGUACAGAAAGUAAACUAUAUGUGUGCUAUCAGGAAACCUCUUCAUACUGUGUAUAAAAUUGCAGUCUAGUGAAAUAAACUGUAUGAACGGACAGUCUUAGUGGCUAUAGUGAUUUGUUAAUGGACCACUUCUUAUGCCUCAAGGCAAAUUACAUUCACUUUGUAACCUAGCAGAUCAGUUGCCAAACUGAAAGUAGGCCUCCUUUCAGUGCCACAGUCAACUUCAGGGGCUUCCUGACCAUCUUGACUAAGCAAAGAAAUUUAAGACUCUAAUGGGAUAAAAUUAAAAGCAAAUAAAAUGUGUGGAUCGUAGCUCCCCCUUUCUGAGCAUCUAAAUUCGUGUCAUUAAUAAUAAAUAAAUGGCUGUUCUCUAACUGCUGGAGGGAAUGAAUGACUUUCCUGUCUUCCCAGAAUAUUAAACCUCUCCAUGGAACACUGGGGUCAUAUCUCAAGUUGAGAGGCCUUGUGACACUAGCCUCUUGAUGGAGGGGAACCUGGUUGUUUUCAAGAAAAGAGUCACAAAACUUAGAGCUUAAAAAAUAAAAUACGGACAGCCUACUCAAAGACAAUGAGAGAAAUGUAUUUUGAGUCUUUUGUGAUAAGAAUC